CUCAUCUCCAGUGGCUACCGAUGGUACUACUGAUCCCUAUAACUACACGAAUGAAACUCAAAUGUAUUUUUCCAGGUCAAAGAAGUCAGACUCCAAAAGAUGCUUGCAGCAUAAUUCCAUUUGUGUGGCCUUCUCAGAAUGACAAGAUUAUAGGGAUGAAGAGGAGAUCAUUGGUUGUAUGGCACAGGAAUGGGAAAGAGUUGAAGUGAUAUGUAUAGGAAGUUAAUUUGGUUAUUGGACCUCUAACUGUUGCUGCAACAAUUCUACUAUGCAUUUGUGGAUCCAGGCGUAGUGGUGCGUUCAUGUAAUCCUAGCUCUUGGAUGCUGGAAGCAGGAAGAUUCAGUUCAUCCCCAUUGACAUAGUGAGCUCAAGACCAGUCUAGACUUCAUGAGAGCCUGUCUCAAAACACAAACUUCAUAGAGAUGAAUACCAAGAAGAGUGAAUUAUGUGUAUCCUUGCAUAUUAUAAAUCUAUUAUACGAAAACCAGCAUAUAUUCAUGAAAGAGUAAUUAUAUUUUCCAAGACGGAAAAAGGCAUUAUAUUACACGAUUGUGAAUUGGUUGGAUGAAGGGCAGCUAGAUUCUAAGCUUGGCUCCUACACUCAAACAGUUGCUGUAUGUUGUUUGGGGCUGGAGUAUAGAGUGAAAAUCAAGCCUUACAAGGAUAGGUAGUUGGCCAAAUGAAGCCUUUUAAACCUUUCCAGGAACAAUUCUAGGAUUGACCUACAAAUGACUCUUAACUGGAGAAUUUCCUACCUUUGAGAAUAGAUAUUUAUACUGAAAUAUUCUUACAAUUGCAUUAGUUAUGGGACAAUAGAAAUUAUCUAAUUGUAAGUUCACUUGAAAGAGGUUUUCCAGUAGCAGACAAGGAAGUCAUAGGUCUUUGGAAGUGAGAAGUAUUUAAUGUGUCCUUGAUGGUUUCAUAUUACAGGGGCUACAGGAGAAGAAAUGUGUGUAGUCUUUAGAUAUUGAGAACUGCCUUUGUGUGACAGCCAGCAAGGCCACAGGGACCUCAAACCAUACUCACAAGAAAGUGGAUUCUGAUAACACCCUUGGAAGGGAAUGUUUCAUCAGAUUCUCCUGAUAAGAGCCCAGCCCUGUUGAUAUGACUUCAGCAUUGCAAAUUUGCACAGGAUCUCCCUCUUCAGGAUACAGAGUCCAGUUCCAACUUCACGCAAUUCAGCAUGAGAGCGCUCAGCCCAGACCGAGGUAGUGCAUUCCACAGGACUCACUUCAUCUCAUAGAAUAAGCCUCUGUCUGUGGACAGCAGGUACAGUGUCAGACCCUUAGGUGGUUGUACUGUUAGAAGCUUUUCCUUUGAUUGAGCCAAAAAUGAGUCUCCCUGGCGGUUCCGCCCUUGGGUCUUGCUCUAGCUUGCCCUUUGAGGUCGUACAGAACAAGCAGAAUUCAUUGCAGUCGAAUCCUCGGGUGUUUCAAAAUGACUGCUGUCUCUCCAAGACUUUUCUCUGCUUCACAGAUAAAGGGUUUUCCUUUGUCUAUAUUUUUAAAAAUACAUACAAUUUAAUCAUCUGUUAAAACGUAUAGACAUCCAUAUAUUGAGAAUUUCCUGCAUCCUACUUCUCCCUUUCUAGACAUACUCCCCAUCCGUACCCACGCAACUUCGUAUCUUUAUUCUUAUUUUUUGUUCAUCAGACAACAUCAGUUCAGUUGUGGAAAUCGUUUCAAAAAAAUCACAAAGAAGGAAGUGACGCUUCACCUUACUCUCUAACCCCCUGAGCUGACAAUUGCAACAUCUUUUCUUCUAACCAGCCCAUUUUUUUCUGUGCAUACUGUACAUUCCACAUCCAUUAUCAAAAUGGAAUCGUCCUUAGUGACAUUUUCGAAACUGAGGCGUUUCGCUCUUGAAUACAUAGGCUGUUUGUGCAUUCUUUCACUGGAACAUUUUAAACAUGAAGUUGUUUUCUUCCUUUUCUUUUUUUUUCUGAUGCUAGGGGUCAAACCCCGCUAUGGCCGUGCUCCAUCACUGAGCCGUAUCACCAGCUCUGUCUUUACUUUUUAUUUUCUUUGCAGUACGGAUCACAGUGAGGCUCAAAUUCAAGCAGAGUGCUGAGAGGCGGGAGCUACAUAGGGAGCCCUUGAAUCAAGUGCGUCACACUCUUUAACAUCUAGCUUUACAGUUUUCUUCACUGAUACGAUGAAUCUGACUGCUCAGUAUGCGAUUACAUGAAUUGUCCACGAUUAGUAAAACUAACGGGUUUCCUAUUAUUGGACACUGAGGCGGUUUCUAAUUUUUGAACAUUACAAACCAGGCUGUGAUGAACAUCCAAGACACUAAAUCUAGGCAGGUGCUGGCCACUGAGGUCAGGAGGAAUAUUUUUGAACCCUCUAAGCAUGAAGUGCCUGCCAGUUGUUGUAACUGGAAGCUUUUUGGCCAAGGCCCAGAAGGUGGCUAAUACCAAGCGCUCUGCUCAGACCGUUUGGCUUGCUGGGGUCGGUGCCCAUUACCCAGCUCUUGUCACAGAGUGUUCAGGCUGGCAGGGCCCUGGGGACCCCUAGGCCAGCACCCUCAUCUCACGUGAGAGGACGGAGGCCUCCUAUGGUCCUUUGGCAGCACAGUGCUGGGCAGAGCCCUCCCAGCCUCCAGCACCUGGGCUCCUAAACUAGAAGCUGAGCUGUGCCAUUUGGAAUCUGCCCUGCAAACUCCCUGGGCCUGCUCCCCACACCACACAACUCUCUGCUGAUGCCAGAGGGGGCUUUAGGCACUUUUGCAAGGCAACUGAGCAGUGAGGUGGGGGGGGGGAGGCAUUGAAAGAUGUCUUGAGGUUUCCCCUGCAAGAGACUGGACCUGUGCCACCCAGAAGCCCUCUUUAUCCUAAGCCACGUGACAGGCUUCAUGGCAGUGAUCCUGUAUCAGGUCCACCUGGCAAAUCUACUUGGGAUUUGAGCUGAAAUACCUGGUGAGUUCCUCUCUCUCCUCAGAGCUGGCAGCCUCCUUUUCUCACUGGGAAGCAGCUUUGCUAGAGGUCCAUGUACCCAGCCCUCUGGCCCAGACAAACAUGGGUGCCUUGUGUGCUAAUGAGCUCCACUCCUUCCCACCUUUGGCCUUGGUAGUGCCUGGGGAGUUCACACAAAUGGCGUGAAAUUUGCCCCCUGCUUUGUUUUCCUUUCUGAGUUGGAGCUACAGCAGACCCCUUGCCUCCACGGGACCCUGUUUAUUCAACUGGGAGAGAUUUCACACCCAAGAACAUAGCUGUCUCUCCAGGAGCCCCCUCCCUAAACCUUCACAACCAUCCCACAUUCCGCCACCCCUGCACUGCCUGAAUAAUUGAUGAGUCAAGGCAGGGCUUAUAAAAGGGUCUCUGGGGGAAAAGCCGAAAGAGUGCUGAAGGUUCUGAGGACUGGAACAGCCCACAGCCAUCUGACUCGGUGUCCCAAGGAUGGACCCUGCUCCUGCUGCUGCUCCCCCUGGCCUGGCCCUGGCCCAAGCUCCUGCUGUAGCACAAAACAAUGGACAAGAAGUUUCUGGAAGUGGAAGAGAAACUUGUCUUUGGAGACCCUGGCUAUCCUCCAUAAAUGAUCGCCCAAGGCAGGCUGCUGGUGGGGCAACAGCUGCUGAGGCCACCAAGGCUGAGUCUGAGUUCCAUCACCCUGUCAGACUCUUCUGGCCUAAAUCCCGUUCCUUUGACUACCUGUACAGUGCUGGGGAGAUAUUACUACAGAAUUUCCCUGUCCAGGCCACCAUCAACUUAUAUGAGGAUUCUGACAGCGAAGAGGAUGAGGAAGACAAGGAGGAGGAUGAAGAGGAAGAGGCCAUUCGAUGCCGUCUGGUAAGUGAAGUGGAAUCUCCCAGAAGCCAGAUGCACCACCUUGGAGUAAGUUUGCAUCCGUCCUGUCCUGUGGUCCUUUCCAUACUCACUAAAGAAACGGACUGUGGUAAGAACGGAAAUGCUGCAGUCACGGCUGCACAGGAGUCAGGACCAGCACCCAGAGCCUUCAUGUCAAGCUCAGCGCUUCCCCCCAGCCCUUUCAGUCACUCAUGGCCCUGAGUUCAGUCCAAGGAUGAGGCACUUGUACCCCAGGACAUGACUGAGUCUUGAAUGUCACAUCAUUGUACUCUGAUACGCAGUUUCCUGCUUCUACAGAGGCUGAAGUUGUAUUCCAGAUGAAUUGUCAAACUAGACAUCUUCACAUAAAAGAAACGGCAGCAUGUUGCUAGGCCAGGCGACCAAACAUAACCACAUCUUAAACCCAUGCCAAGAAUCCGGUCAAAGACUAGAAGACAGUUGUGAAGCGAUACGAACAUUAGCUCCUCAGCUGAACACUGUGCUCACAGCCAGCUUGGAGCUGCCUCCCAUCUCCUGUUAGAACUAAGCACUGGGUCUCAGAAGGGCAACUUGUCUCUAGUACGUGCAAGGAUUGUGCAGUGCUGAUGUGUGUCAUCGGCAUGGCUCCCAGUGGCAGCAUCUCUUCACAGGCACUGGGGGAAAGAGGAGUGACAAUAAAUAACUCAAAGCUCUCAGCGUCACUUGACAUGACUCAGGGGCAGAGAACGUAGGCUUGACAGUCAGUUCCAGGGCUGUGUCCUCCUAUUCUAGCACACUGGCAACAAUCCAAGCAGGACUGAGAUAAAUUACUGAGCCCAAAGACCCCCUCCCUAGCCCUUAUUUGACAUGGGAGCCCUGGCAAGCAUGGCUCCGAGGAGAGAGGAAAUUUUGUUACUUCCUCUUGCUGGAUUUCUGAAUGACACUGAAUUUCUCUUUGUGCUGUCACUUGAUCCUCACUCUCUCGUCACCAUGGCAACCCAAGUGAAGGAGCCACCAUUGAAAUCAAUGCCUUAACGAUAGGCAUUUGUGGAGCAGCAAGUGCACACUGUCUGACAUUGGGGAAGCAGAACACUUUUAACCCUGUCUCCACGCUUCAGCCGUGGUCUAUGGCAGAAUACUUUCACUUGUAAUUCCAGACACUUCAUAUAGCCCUCUCUUCAGUCUUUCUACAUGGGAAUUACUAAUCGGAUUAGCUGGAGAUCAAGUCCUGGGCCUCCUGUCAUUAGUGAGCAGAGUCAUCAUAGCGAGAUAUGAUACCCAUCUGUGAGUACACAUCCAUCCGCCACUGGAUUAGUAGGUCAGGCCACAUCCGUUCUGAAGACUUUGACUUCUCAGGCUCAGAGACAAGUAUCGUUCUGCUACAUUUUUCCCAAUCCCUCAGAACCAGAGUCCCCUGAAAUGGAAAAAGUGGGGGAAAGAUGGGGCCAACAAGUCAAUGCUGAACUGUCAAAUCAAGGUUUUACUGGUAUUCACUGCUGUGUCAGAGAGAAGGGCGAGUGUUAAGACUCAGCUAUGAAAUUUCAUUUUGGACCCACAGCACCUAUGGUUUCAGUUCUAUCCCAGGCUGUGUCCGCUAUGGGCAGAAUGGGGGCACAUACUAAUUUUCCUCAUCCACCACUGACUUCUGAGGAAAUGGGGCAUACAUUCAAAUUAAAUUCAAAUUCUUUUUUUCAUAAUAACUUUUAAACUGACACAGUAACUAUGCACACUACUGGUAGGCAUUCCAGUGCAUUUAUAAUGCCAAAUAAAGACAGGAUCAGGGUAAUUGGGUUAUCUAUUCCCUACAAAGAUUUCUCUGUGUUAAGAACAUUAAAAUUCCUCUGUACUGGC